AUGUCCAACUCAACAGAUCCCCAGUUGGCAGAGUCGAAGAAGCGUAAAAGGAAGCGGACGAAGCACGCACAAGCCGAAAACAGCACGCAACCUGCACGGGCUGCUCCCAGCGACCGAAUUGUUGGAUCUACGAACGAACCGCAAGAGAAGAGCAAAAAGAGACGGAAGACGUCACACUCGAGCGACGACGAAGAGGAAGACGAUGUUGAGGCCGAAGUUACCACUGAAUCUGUAAAAGAUGCUGCGGAAGACGCAGAGGAGGAUUCUCCAGACAGUGGGGUGGAUGGUGAGGUUGACAACAACGAUGAAGCAGGGGCCGAACUCGAAGAGACGGUCGAUACCACGACAAUGAACCCAGAAAUUACUUCUGCCCCUGCUCCCACAGAUCUGCCAACAGACACGGUUCCUUCGCUGCCUGGCACCGAUACCACUCCUCAAGCUUUCUCCGAACUCAAGCUCUCCGAAAAGACGAUGCAAGCCAUUAAAGAAAUGGGUUUCACCAACAUGACCGAGAUUCAAAGGCGAGGCAUUCCCCCUCUAAUGGCAGGCCGUGACGUGCUGGGAGCCGCAAAAACUGGCUCGGGAAAGACACUCGCCUUCCUCAUCCCCGCUGUGGAAAGGCUGCACGCACUCCGCUUCAAACCGCGCAACGGCACUGGCGUAAUCGUCGUCUCGCCCACACGAGAAUUGGCACUGCAAAUCUUCGGGGUGGCCCGUGAUCUCAUGCAAUUUCACAGUCAAACGUUUGGGAUUGUCAUUGGAGGCGCCAACCGAAGUGCCGAAGCCGAAAAGCUCGUCAAGGGCGUCAACCUCCUGAUUGCCACUCCGGGCAGGUUGCUCGACCACCUCCAAAAUACAAAGGGCUUCGUCUACAAGAACGUGAAAGCACUCGUUAUUGACGAAGCAGACCGUAUCCUGGAAGUCGGAUUCGAAGACGAAAUGCGCCAAAUUGUCAAGAUCCUCCCAGACCGCGACCAUCGCCAGACCAUGCUCUUCAGCGCGACGCAAACGACCAAAGUUGAAGACCUGGCACGCAUCUCGCUUCGCCCCGGCCCGCUCUACAUCAAUGUCGACCACAAAAAGGAGCACAGCACGGUUGAAGGGCUCGAGCAGGGCUACGUGAUCUGCGACUCCGACAAACGGUUCUUGCUCCUCUUCAGCUUUCUGAAGCGCAACCUGAAAAAGAAGAUCAUCGUCUUCAUGAGCAGCUGCAACUGCGUCAAGUACCACUCGGAGCUGCUCAACUACAUCGACCUGCCCGUGCUCGAGCUGCACGGCAACCUCAAGCAGCAGAAGCGGACCAACACGUUUUUCGAAUUCUGCAACGCCACCCACGGCACCCUGAUCUGCACCGACGUCGCCGCCCGAGGCCUCGACAUCCCCGCCGUUGACUGGAUCGUGCAGUUUGACCCCCCGGACGACCCACGCGACUACAUCCACCGAGUCGGCCGUACGGCGCGCGGCUCCAACGGCAAAGGCCGCAGCCUCAUGUUCCUGCAGCCCAGCGAAGUCGGCUUCCUGAGCCAGCUGAAGGAGGCCCGCGUGCCCGUCGUCGAAUUCGACUUUCCCGCCAAAAAGCUGGUCAACAUCCAGAGCCAGCUCGAGAAGCUGAUCGGCCAGAACUACUACUUGAACAAGUCAGCCAAGGAUGGCUACCGCUCGUACCUGCAAGCCUACGCCUCACACAGCCUCCGCUCCGUCUUCGACGUCAACAAGCUGGACCUGGUCAAGGUCGCGAAGAGUUUCGGUUUCCCCACGCCGCCGAGGGUGGACAUCCAGUUGGGCGCGAGCAUGCGGGACAAGAAGCAGAAUCCGGUGAGGAGGAGUUACGGGAGCCAGCCGAGACAGAAGAAUGGGUUCAAGAGGAGAUGA